CAAUCAUUUGUUAACUCUGGGACAAAGUUAACGAGUGCCAAGCCGGCGAACCCUGAUCAGGCCUGGGGCGGGGCCUCAGGCCGGGCGGGACAUUGGGCGGGGUCCCGGGCCGGGCGGGGCCGCGUCGUGGCGGAGGCCGCUUUGGACGCCGUGCGGAAGGAGUUACGAGAAUUCCCGGCAGCGGCAAGGGAGCUCAGUGUGCCACUUGCUGUGCCUUACCUGGAUGAGCCCCCCACUCCACUCCACUUCCACCGGGACUGGGUCUGUCCCAAUAGGCCAUGCAUCAUCCGCAACGCCAUGCAGCACUGGCCAGCCCUCCAGAAGUGGUCCCUCCCUUACCUCAGAGCCACAGUAGGCUCCACAGAGGUGAGUGUAGCCGUGACCCCGGACGGUUAUGCAGAUGCUGUGCGAGGGGACCGCUUUGUGAUGCCUGCUGAGCGCCACCUGCCGCUGAGCUGUGUGCUGGACGUGCUGGAGGGCCAGGCCCAGCACCCAGGAGUCUUCUAUGUUCAGAAGCAGUGCUCCAACCUGCCCACUGAGCUGCCCCAGCUGCUGCCUGACCUGGAGCCCCAUGUGCCCUGGGCCUCUGAGGCACUGGGAAAGAUGCCUGAUGCUGUGAACUUCUGGUUGGGAGAGGCAGCUGCAGUGACAUCUUUGCACAAGGACCACUAUGAAAACCUCUACUGUGUGGUCUCAGGAGAGAAACACUUCUUGUUACAUCCACCCAGUGACCGGCCCUUCAUCCCCUAUGGUAGGGCUGAGGAACAGGUGGCUCAAGGUGAAGGGAGGGCAGCGAGUGCCCUGGGAAGGCUGAUGUCCCAUUGUGAGGUGUGGCCACCAUGUCUCCACUGCACGGGGGUCCCUGACCCUCUUUGUCUCUGUGCCAGGGGAGCACAUGGGCUGGCUGGAUUGGGGAAGGGUCUGGCAAACUCCAGGUCAUUUGAGAUGUCCCACACCCUUCUCCUCUGGGCUUCAGAGCUGUACACACCAGCAAUUUACCAGCUAACUGAAGAGGGCACCUUUAAGAUGGUGGAUGAAGAGGCCAUGGAGAAGGUGCCCUGGAUCCCACUUGACCCCUUGGCUCCAGACCUGGCCCGGUACCCUAGUUACAGACAGGCCCAGCCCCUUCACUGCACAGUGCGGGCUGGCGAGAUGCUCUACCUGCCAGCCCUGUGGUUCCACCAUGUCCAGCAAUCCCAUGGCUGCAUUGCUGUGAAUUUCUGGUACGACAUGGAGUACGAUCUCAAGUACAGUUACUUCCAGCUGCUUGACUCUCUUGCUAAGGCUUCAGGCCUGAACUGAUGGAGCCCUAGUGAACACUGCCAGGCAGAGAACAUCCCCUGGCUACGCU